CGCAGAGCUUUCCACUUGAACAGAGCAAACACACCGAGCGGUCUUUGGCGGCUAUGUCCUUCACACCAUAACCAAUUCCAAGUUUUCACAAUUUUGGAGCUGUAGUUUCAGUUAUUAUAAAAUGUAUCACUGCGUGCCGGAUUUCGAAAUGGACGACGAUUACUCAAUCCCCUCAUCGAAUGGCGUUGCUCGCCCAAGAAAAUCGUCUUUGCCUGAGGACGAGAUCAUGGAGCUGCUAUGGCAGAACGGUCAGGUGGUGAUGCACAGCCAGAACCAGAGGUCGACGAGAAGAUCUCCGCCGUCCAAAUACGACGACGCCGUGAUCCCCGCCGAGCAAUCGGCGGCCAGGGAGAUCCGAUCGGAGCAAGAACCGGCCGCUCACAACCAGAACUCCCAGCUGUUCAUGCAAGAAGACGAAAUGGCUUCCUGGCUUCACUACCCUCUCGUGGACGACGACCCUGCCUUGGACCACAAUUUCUGCGCCGACCUUCUCUAUCCGAGUAACAAUCUCGGCAAUUGUACUAACCCUACACUCCGUACCAACGGUGUUACGGAGCUCCAUCAGGCCGUGACGUCGGAGGUUUGGACUUCUCUGCCGCCGAUACCGCCGGCGAGGAGGACGGAGCUGGCGGAGUCGAAGGCGCAGAACUUCGUGCACUUCUCGAGGCACAAGGCGAAGGUUGCCGGAGGAGAAGGGCUCGAUCAAAACGCGCCGUCGAGCUCGAGGAGCGCGGCGGUGGUGAGGGAAUCGACAGUGGUGGACUCGAGCGAUACGCCGGCGGUGGGGCACAAGUUGCACGUCGGCGAUCGAGGCUGCGCGGCCACAAAAGGCGACGCGUCGGCGGGCACGUCGUCUGCCGGAGGUGGCGGUGUAAGUGGUGUGAAGGAGAUGUCGACGUGUGAGGUGACCGUGUCGUCAUCACCCGGCUGCUCCAGCGCCAGCGCCGAGCCGGCUCUGAAGCCGCAGGCUGAGGAUCGCAAGCGCAAAGGACGAGAAGCCAACGACACCGAGUGCCACAGCGAGGAUGUUGAAUUUGAAUCCGUGGAUACAAAGAAACACGCUCGUGGAUCAACAACUACGAAGAGAUCCCGUGCUGCAGAGGUCCACAAUCUUUCAGAGAGGAGACGUCGAGAUAGGAUAAAUGAGAAGAUGAGGGCAUUGCAAGAACUCAUUCCCCGAUGCAACAAGUCAGACAAAGCUUCAAUGUUAGAUGAGGCGAUUGAGUACUUGAAAUCACUUCAGUUGCAAGUACAUAUGAUGUCCAUGGGAUGUGGCAUGGUCCCCAUGAUGUUUCCUGGUGUCCAGCAGUAUAUGCCAACAAUGGGGAUGGGAAUUGGGAUGGGCAUGGGCAUGGAAAUGGGCAUCAAUCGGCCUAUGAUGCCAUUUCCCAAUCUGUUAGCUGGUUCAUCAUUGCCAACCCCCUCUGCAGCAGCUCAUCUGGGACCACGAUUUCCAUUGCCUGCUUUUCAUAUGUUACCAGUUCCAGCACCUGAUCCUUCCAGAAUGCAAGCAGCCAACCAGCCAGAACAGAUGCUAAACUCACUUGGCGCACAACUUCCAAGCCAGCCACGGUUCCCAAAUUUUGUUGAUCCUUAUCAACAGUAUGUUGCUGCCCACCAGAUGCAGGUACCACUACCGCAGAAUGAAGCACUAGGCCAGCCAAGUAGUAGCAAGCCACGCACCAAUAAGGGACCUGAAAAUCUAGGCAAUCACCAAUGAGGAUUCCUGGCCGGCUAAGGAUGCACAGGUUUUGGCAAUCUAUUCUGCAGUUUGUGCCAGCUACUCUCUGAAUGGUUUCAGUCUUGAUCCAAAGGAUUGCAGGACUCUUGCCUGUUAAGUUUUGUAGUAUGCGAGAAUGACACAUUUUUGAGAGAAGCUUUCCGCGACGACUGGUACAUUAUAAAGCGACUAACAUGAGCAAGGAUUCUCAUAGAUGGAUCUGGUCUGGUUUGUCAUAGUCUGCCUUCCAACUUGCAAAUGUUGGAAACACUGAAAAAGUGAAGGAAAGAGAAAAAGGUGUCUCCACAACUAUUCCCUGGACCAUGGUGUUGCUAUUUUGUUCUUGCUUUUGAUUCGUGUUGUCUUUCAUUGAUUAUAAUGGACAAAGUUUUCUUUCAUGUUGGACCGGAGAAAUUCCUUCCAAUCCAUUAUAUCUGUUCAAAAUACAUGUGAGAAUUACGUGUAUUUUAAACACAUAUUUCUGGGUCGAAGGAAAUUCUUCUACCCUAAUUUUAAAGGAAAACUUUGUUUGGAUAAUAUUUAUUGGUUCAAACCCAUUGAAGCAUUGAGUCGGAAUUGGCAUAAAUAGCAUAUACUAUUUUGGCUAUUCCAUUAUCCAAUCAAAAAACUAUAUAAAAAAA